AUGAAGAGAAAGAUAACUAUGGUGUGGAUCACGAUGCUACUGAUUAUGAUACUUACAAUGGUGGGAGGUGAAGCAAAGCCAGACGAGGAGUGCCAACGGGAGUGCCACGAGCACUGUUUAGGCACUUCCAUUGUCGCAGAGUGUCUCAAAUGUCUUGGACAAUGUGGAAAGACUCCAUCGGUUGUGGUCAGAACCAUGGAUUUUAACGAACAUACAUAACAACAAAUCAAUUCAAAUGUCAUUUUAUCUUAUGAUAGAUAUA